UUUUGUUUUUUAAUCUAAUUAUUUUUAUUUAUACUUAAUCCAUAUUCCAAAACUUUUAUCAUGCCCAUCCCUUUCAAGCUCCUCCCUUUCGCCUUCCCUUUCUCUUUCUUUUGUCUCAUCUUCUCCAUAAAAGUGAAAAAGGAAUUAGGAAUAUAUAUAUAUACAUAUAUAUUUACAUAUCAUUGUUCUAUACAUCACUUUUCAUUCUCAGAGUUCAAAACCUAGGAUAAAUGCACUGGAGAAGGUCAAACUUCAGAUAGAUGCAAGCAGGAGCUUGGUUUCAGAAAGCAUCUUACUUGGUUGGCAACCAUUUAGGCAUAUUGAUAUUUGAAGUAGCUUUUGUAUAGAUAUGUUAAAUCAUUGUGGGAUGGGAGCGUAGUAGCCUCCUAUAUCAGAUCCAAAACUUACCUUUAAUGCUUUCUUGCUUCAUUGUUCAUGAUGAUGCUGAGCUGCAGAUCUUGAAACUACUAGUGCCAGUACAUCCAGUUGUGUCUAAAUUUGCACAUGUGGAGCUUCAUUUGCUCAUAAAUAUACCUGAUUGGACUAGGAGACAACCUUUCUGUUGCCAGAAGAAAAUAGCUAACACGGGUGCUCUUUGUUGUGUGGCCACUGGGCCACAGAGAGUGAAGUCACCUACAGGUGGUAGGGACUCUUCAAACAAUCAUAAUGAACCUCAUUGGCGCACAAACUCUAGUUUCUCGCCCCCUCCAUUGAGGAUGUGGGAUUGCAGAUUACGCUCAGAUGUUUUACCCCAUGGAUCUCAUGGAGUUCAUGGUUCCUCACUAUCCUCAAACAGCAGAGGAAGCAGAAAUUGGGUUGGCAGUGACCCAUUAACUAAUCAUCAUCAUUCUGUUUCUGAUGGGGUGCUCUUUUAUUCUGAUAGCCUGCCUGAUAAUGUUAAGGAACCUCGGUGGACAUCACCAGUUCAAAAGUUUAAUUUAGGCGAGGUUGCUGUCUCAAAUGUGGGAGGAUCAAGAUUCCAGACCUCUUGGUUUCCUUCCACUGAGAGGCCAUUUCCUGUUAGAGCUAAUGCAGCAUCCCCGAGUUUUGGGUCCCCAUCCUCACAGUCCGAGUCCAGCCAUUGGGAAUCAACUAGCAAACGGCCUUUUGCUUUCUCCAAUUGCAACUUUCCAAGCCGACACUCUUACAUGUCAAAAACCGUUUACCCUCUAGUAUUCCGUAACCCUGUGUCAGAGUGUGAAACCUUUAGUGAUGCUGAUAUCAGCAGUAUUGGUAGGUUGAUACCAGGUGAGGAUCUGACAUCACCAUCUUGUUGUCCUGAUAACAGUUCUGGUGUUGAGUAUAAGUUCUACAAAACCCUGACUGAACUUCAAAAAUUGGAGACAUCACCAGACCCCAGUGCGAGUUCUAGAAGAGAGGGAUUUAGAUGGAGUAGUGCCAGUAGCUAUGAUUUGGGGCUUGAUGGUGACAGGUUUGACGUAGCAGAAGAUACGGAUAUAGAGAAUCUGAGGUCACCUAACAGUGCUGUGCCAGAUCAAAAGUGUGGAAUUUGUAAAAAGUUUUUGUGGCAGAAGUCUCCCUGGAGCUCACAUCGAAUCAUGAGAGGUGGUGACAUGCCUAUUACUGGGGUGCUAUCCUGCAGUCAUGUGUUUCAUGCAGAAUGCUUAGAACAAGCGACUCCAAAGGCCCAGAUUCGUGACCCUUCUUGCCCCUUGUGCUUGAAGACCAUUGGAGCAGUCGAAGAAUCCCGAUCAAUUUCAGAGCCCUUGCAGUUGCAGGUGGCCCUAAGAUCCAUACGGAGAAACAGAGGGGUAGUGAUUUCUGAAGCCCUAGGGAGUCACAACAAUAGUGAAGCCUAUACUCACAUUAAGGGAAGGUUGAGGAAAAACUGGCUUCGAGCAGUGCCAAGGUGGAAUUAUAAUGGUUCUUCAUUAACAAACCGCCUUAAAAGGCAUUUUACAAUUAGGGGGAAGGUUUGUAAAGAUAUUUCCAGUACUAAGGUAUCUCGCAAGAUGGGUUCGUCUUCUAGCCGGGAACCAGUUCAACGCCAAAUGUCUAUGCAGUAGUCUCAUGUAUGUAUCCUUGUGCAAUUAGAUUCGAAGAUUGGAUCUUUGGUGGACCAUUUCUCUUCAAGAUAUUUUCUCAACUUACUUGGGUUCACUUUUCCGAGAUAUCAUUGAGAACCCUUGUGUAUCCACUUUUUCCAUUGUAUAAGCUGUGGCACAUCUUCAUUCUGGCCUAUACCUGACGUGCUAUGAGAAAAGCUAUGGGUGUCUCUUCUAUUGCAUGUUUUGAUUAUUAUUGUUAAGUGGCACUGCAGGCAGUUUUAGAGAGUUGAAAGUUGAAAUGCCUUAUGUUCAUAUGUCCUAUUCUUGGAACUCCCAAAGUCUCAUAGAUUACAGUGUCCACUGAUUUGGCCAGUUCAAAUUUGCUAAUGUCACAGUUUAUUUGCCGUUCUUUA